AUGGGAGGUUCAUUCACCCGAACGUCUGGUGAAACGAUUCAUUCUCUGCGGUUUGAAUUCAGGGCGCACACGGUCAUUCUAAACAGAAAAAACCGAAAUUCGAUAACGUGGACUGACGAGGGUUGGAACCAGCGCAACAAAGUCAGACUCAACGGCGCGCAAAUCAUCGCUGAUUGCGCACGUAUACAUGUUUGGUCCUUGGAU